CAAAAUGAGUGAUGACGUGUUACUCGGGUCCUUUGGACUUCCGGGUCUGUGUGUACUGUGGUGAGGAAUCCAUCUAGCCAGAAAAGAUGUCUAAAGUAACGUUUAAAAUCACACUGACGUCGGAUCCUCGACUACCAUACAAAGUACUCAGCGUCCCAGAGAGCACCCCAUUCACCGCAGUGUUAAAGUUUGCCGCUGAGGAGUUCAAAGUGCCCGCAGCAACCAGCGCCAUCAUCACAAACGAUGGGAUCGGAAUCAACCCGGCGCAGACGGCAGAUCGGGUAGCGGAAGCAACAUGGAGGCUGAGCGAAAGGCAUGGACCUGUAACCAAUGGCAUCGUUAACUCAGAGGGGCCACGAGCUGAAGUUCAUAGGCAGUGACGCAUGGUGGAUGUUCAAUGGCUGCCGACGGUUUCUGUGCAACGUGUUCCUGAAGCACGGCUCGGAGCUGAGGAUCAUUCCCCGGGAUCGCGUGGGAGGGAACGGACGGACGGGCAGCACGACGCCACAGUGACUCACCCGCAUGGACCCCUGUAACCUCCACCACCACCACCUCCACUACCACCGCGACGACUCAUCAAACCCAGGAAAUACCCCAGACAUCGCUUCUCGGUUAUUUUUUCUUUUGGUUUAAUUGUAGUUUUUUUUUUCUUUCUCCCCUAUAUUUAUUUUUAUCUGCAAUGAGUCACCUGUAUGGAAGCUUUUCAAAUGCCGCGCAUAUAUAGAUAUGAACGGACAGCAUGCCAGUGGAAGUGUGUAUGUCUGAACACUGCUUUGGCAGGGUUUCAGUCAAGCAGGGUCGCUCUUAACUGCACUGGAAAGGUGGAGCUGUAACAACGCGAAAACUCUUGCAAAAAAUAACGAGCAUGGAGUUGGCAUUGCUAAAUGUUAUACCUUUUUUUUUGGACAAUAAAACAUACUACUAGGCCCUACGUGUGUCUAACCAUCA